CGGGGCGGGAGGGUCCGGCCAGCAGCGGCGGAGGGCUGCGCGCUCCCUCGUGGGCAGCGGCGGCGGAGGAAGGCAGGCGGCUUCCCGCCAGCGGCGGGCUUCCUCGGGUAUGGCCCUGGCGGACAGCGCCCGCGGGCUGCCCAACGGCGGCGGCGUCUCGCCGGCGGCAGGAAGCGGGGUUCCGGGGAGCGGGGCGGCAGCGGCGGCGGGUGGCUGGUCGUCCUUCCCGGAGAUCGUGGAGCUGAACGUGGGAGGGCAGGUGUAUGUUACGCGCCGCUGCACCGUGGUCUCGGUGCGCGACUCGCUGCUUUGGCGCAUGUUCUCUCAGCAGCAGCCCAGCGAGCUGCCCCGGGACAGCAAGGGUCGCUUUUUCCUCGACCGCGACGGCUUCCUUUUCCGCUACAUCCUGGACUACCUGCGGGACCUGCAGCUGGUUCUGCCUGAGCACUUCCCCGAGCGCAGCCGCCUUCAGCGGGAGGCUGAAUAUUUCCAGCUUCCCGACCUGGCUCGCCGCCUGGCGCAGGCUCGGGUCGCCGCCGCGGCCCGCCCCGCCGCACUGCACCGCGACGGAUCGCUCUGCACCGAUGAGCCGCCGCCGCCGCUCCUCGGCCACCUGGAGGCCGAGCCGCUGGAAGGAGGCGGCGGCGGAGCUGCGGCGUCCGCUCCGUCGCCCACCGCUAGUCGCAGCCCCUCGGGUGGGCCGCUACUCACGCCCUCUCAGUCGCUGGACGGAGCGGGCGGGCGGCGCUCGGGCUACAUCACCAUCGGCUAUCGGGGCUCCUACACCAUCGGGCGGGAGGCGCAGGCCGAUGCCAAGUUCCGACGGGUGGCCCGCAUCACCGUCUGCGGCAAGACGGCGUUGGCCAAAGAGGUCUUCGGGGAGACGCUGAACGAGAGCCGCGACCCCGACCGCCCUCCCGAGCGUUACACCGCCCGAUACUACCUCAAGUUCAACUUCCUCGAGCAAGCCUUCGACCGGCUCUCCGAGGCUGGCUUCCGCAUGGCCGCCUGCUCCUCCACUGGCACCUGUGCCUUUGCCCCCGAACAGGGAGGUCCUGCGGAUGACAAGAUCUGGACCAGCUACACUGAGUAUGUCUUCUGCCGGGACUGAGCAUCCGCCCGGCCCUGUGGCCUGGGAGUGAGGCAGUGGCUUCUGCACGCUCACACCCACAGUCCACUCCCACCCUGGAGGAUGUGGCUGGGAGCUGUGUACCCCUGCGCUUUCUUCACCCCGGUACCUGCUUCUAUACACAAGGCAGGUCGACCCCCAGCGCAGCCCCCACCCCUCCUGCACGCAUCUCCUGAUGGCCCCGGGGACAGGAAGUCACCACGUUGUGCCUCGGCUGCCAUGUCCCAGCUCCCCCACCGUGUCAUGGCUCACACAGUCAUUCUCCCUCCUAUGCUUCCCAGUAGCUGUGUGGGUAGCGAGGAAAGAGAGGAAGGAGAGAGGUAGACUGAAUAGGCAAAUACCCAUCCCAGGAAAGUGUGUGUGUGCCCAGCCCCUGCUCCUCUCUGUGCAAAGGAGCUGAGAGUGAGCUCUGUUAGGGUGUGGUGUUUUAAAAAACACCCAUUUAGGGUCUGAGGAACUUCUCCGUUGCUUUUCAGCAAUUUUUGUCAAAGGUGGCAUGACAAAUGGCUGUCUUAUCCCCAUAUCCUUAAGUGGAAUUUUGUCUUGGACAGACCCAUAAUGGUCCAUAUUUUUCUCCCCACCCUAUCAAAGCGAUGCCUGUCUGUGAAAGACUGCCACAUAAAAGUGAUGCCUGUGAGGGGUUAGCACUCCAGCCCAUACUUAUCUGUAGAGAUGAGUAAAUUUGUAGGAGGCAUGCAUGUGGCUCUUCAUGACUGGUUAUUUUUGUCUCUCGUCUCUGCUCGCUAUCUCUUUAAACCCUCUCCAAGCUACUAAACUGGACCAGGGCUUGCACAACAGGCACUUAAGGAUGAUGUGAGAGGACAGGUUCAGUGGAUAACCAGUCAUUUGAACUAUCAAGUGUCAUUAGAGGCACGUGUUUAUUCCCUCCACAGUUAAAACAGCAAUGCUUUAGAAAAUUAAAGUGCUUGUGGAUCAUAACUUUCCUGGGUGGUGUGAAGUCCUUAUAAUUUUCUUGAUGUUACUGUCUUCUCAUAUGCAUAUAAAUCUCAAUACAUAUUCCCUUAAGCAAAAAUGAUGGGGGUGAGAUGAAGCCAGGCUUGCCAGAGUGAAGGUAGGGUCUGCUUCCUGGGAAGCUGAAAUCCUGUAUGUUGAAUUAAUCCUUAUGUACAGUAUCAGUGUAAUCAUGAGGACCCUGCUUGUUAGUUUAUGUUUUGUCAUUUUAGUGCGGUAAAGUUCUGAAGCCAACAGGAUUUAUGCCAAACCCACAUGUUACUUUUUUUUAAGAACCAGUUUCUUAAUUUUCAUGGCAGUAUUGCGAGGGCAAUGACACUGCUGAGAGUUAAAUAUUUCUUUCCAGACUUAGUGCUUCUGUUCAGACAAACUUAGUGCUUCUUAGAAAGGACUAAGCCCUGUUUUUAGAAAAACAAGAAUGAUGCCAAUUUUCUUCAGGGGAAGUUACCCUUUCUAAGCUGUAUUUGGUUUGUGCUAUCUAACAGUCUUUUGUUCCUGGAGGGAGCAGCUGUACCUUGCUUGGGAACAGAUAAUCUGAGUAUCAGGUUUUAUGGUAGGGAAGUUCGAUCAGUUCUUUCUAGUACCUGAAGACUGGGAUACAACAGCACUUCCCCUUAAAACCUGAGCUUGAUUAAAAACCCUGUACUGUCCAUUCAGACCUUCACUGAAAAAUAGCCUAAAUACAGAGGCUACAUUUUUGAAACUCUUGGAUAAUAAAUGGUUUUAACUCCAAAUUUAGAAAUACUGCUAGCACUUGUAUUCUAACCAAAGAAUUUCACAGCAGAGUUUUGUUUUCAAAACCUUAAUUCCUUUGCAAGAGCUUAAGCUCCAUAUACCUUGAGUUUCAGUGCUCAGUCUGUGUUCACCACUUGGUCUUUCAUUAAGUGUCUGCACAGCUGCAUUAAAGUGAAAAUAGUUUGCAUCACCACGGCUUGAAUAUUCUUUAACAUUAGCAAGACUGCUUAUCAAUGUGAUUAAACUGGAGAUGUGCAUACAAAACUGCUGGGUAUUGUCCAUUUGUAGAUAGUUGUACAAUGGAGUAUUUUUAAAAGGAGAGAAAUGUAUACCUGCCAAAUUAGAUGAGCAAUAAGAUAAGAGUGAAGAGGCCAAUACACCUGAAGACCGAUCGAAACCUGUUUGUCCUUAUGCCUUACUCUGAGAUGAUUUCUUUGUGCUUAACUUAUUUAUACCACAAAUGAAAGGACAUUGAUCACAGCUACUAGGUUUUUACAAUGCUGUUCUUGAGAACGACUGUCUUUUUCUAGUUUCUGUUUAGUAAUUCUUAAGUAUGUUUUUUAAGAUUUUGUAUAAAAUCAGUUUUCAGUAGAGUGUUCAACUUUGCUCUAGAUGGCUUUCUUUUUUUAAAGAAAAAUCUGGUAGCUUACUAAAUCCAUCGUAGGAGCUAUGAAUAGGGGCAGUUUUGAAUUGAACUUGUGAUUUAGUGUACAUAUAUAUACAGUAUAUAAACAUUUUACAGGAAUCAUUUAGUUUUUUAAUCAUUUUAGUGCUGCAGAAUUUCUGAGCAUUUACAUAGUACGUUAUGUACAUAACGUGGUAAUGUUUUACUGGUUUCCUACACCUUGUUUCUGUGGAAAAACUGAAUCUGAGUAUCAGCUUGUAGAACUGAAAUGGGUUGCAUAUUUGCUUGAUUGCGAAUCAUAACUAAAGUCCCAGGUGGCUGAAUGCAUCUCUAGAACAAGGAUUGCCUGUAUUUUCAUCAAUUAUUGCCUAUCCAUUUGCUGGCACAUGACCCAGAAGAAUCUCGUUUUCAGUACAGAUGAGUGUAAUAAAAACCAUAAACUGUUUUCUUAAAAAUACUUGUGUUUGUGCUAAAAACUCUAAAUGUUACUAGUAUUAGAAAAUGAGGCCCUUCAUUUACUGAUAACUCAUUACAUUUAAACUUAAAAUGACGAUGCCAUAAAUGUAAUGUCUGUUGGUUUGCCACAGAAGAGUAUAUUUUUCUUAAAUAUGACUUAGUAAUUUCAGUGAAGUUAUUAAAAGGCAAAAUUCCCAAGGCAAAGUCCCUCAGUUUUGUUGGUCUCUUCUAUUGAGAGCUGUAAGAACAGAUAAACGUGAUGACUCUGCUGACCUGCUGACGUGCAGAAAGUAAAAAGAAACCCUAAAGGCACAAUACUGGAGUCCUGUGUACGUUUUGUAGCUGUUAUUCACAGUUCAUGUACUUAUGGAUGAAUGCAGUAGCAUUUACAAGUGCAAUUAAAAAAAGCAAAGGCAGUCUUUUAAUUAGAAGUUAAGGAAUAGGUCUGUUCAGUGAUGCAUAUCAUGAAGGGUGACUUUGCAGAUGUUUGAUAGGAUGCUUAUAUUUUUAUACAUGUAGAUAACCAGCCACUUACUCAUUCUUAUUUUCACAUGUAUAGCAUUGAAAAUAAAGAUCCUCUUAGGAAAACAUUACAUGCCAAAUUAAACUCUUGUUCUUUAAAUAUUGUUGUGUGGUUUAUGCUGUCCUUUUUACUCUUGGUAAAGAUGUUGUUAGCUUUGCUCUCUCUUCCACAGCAUCAUGCUCAUAACUUCAUCAAAGACUCCAUGCUAAUAUGUAAAGCAGAAACAUGAAGCAAAAAAUAAUAUGUGUGUAGGGAUCUUUAGUAAUACUCAUGGCAAGAUAGACAGAAAUGUGUAAUGCACAGACUGCAUACUUUUAAGUGUGACAGAGAAUUUUGUAGUAGUAGUCAAUAUAAAUCAGUCCUCAGGAAACUGUACUGAUUAAACAGCUUAAUUUGAACAGCACAGAGUGAUUGUUGAAAUAAAGUGAUGAUGUUUUUUAUGAAGCCAGAGAAUAAUAACACUGAGCAUAAUGAAAGAAACAAAUACCUAAGGAAAUAGAUACCCAAGAGAAAUGCAUCUGGAAGUUCUGAUGGUCUGGUCUUCCCUGGCUACCCUGUGAUCUCUACUGAACUGUUAUAAACCUGACACUUUAUAACAAUUCUGUGGUCAGUUUCAUAGAAAAUUAGUAAAGAGUUGCUGGUGUGUGGAGCACUUGUGCAUUUCAUAGACCUUUCCUGGGUAGCCUGGUAAUAAUGCAAAGGAACAAGCUGAGUGUUUAAUCAGCCAUUUAAUCUGAUGGCUUGAUAUUGUUUGAGAGCUUUGCUAUCAUGCAAUAAUAUAAGAAAGGAGGAUGUUCCCUGAGCAACAAAACUUUUGAGUCUGUCUUUUGACAGGCUUAGGUUUCAUUUCCUUUAUACUACCAUUUCAAUUAUUCUGCUCACCUCCAUCCCUUUUAUUUCACUUCUUCUAGGCAAAAGACAGCAUGGGUUUGUUUUUUUUUGUCAGAGCCAGCUUCUGCUAUGCUGAUGGUUAUGGCUGAAUUCUACCUUUCUCCCUCAGUAAACUAGAUAUUUUCCCCCUUUCCUUUACCCAGCAAACAGUAUUCUUGGAACAUGUAAGAAUGUAACAUCUGCAAGGAUUUUUAGUUCUUU